AUGACCCACAACAUUAUUCUGAGAUUCAUCCUCCUUAAUAUCACUGGGCUAGUUUGCUUGGGCUUGUUUCAAGUCUCAGUUGCAUCUGUUGUUUCAACAGGGGACUUCAAUAAGGACUUCUUUGUCGCAUGGUCUCCUUCCCAUGUCAUCAAUUCUGCUGAUGGACGAUCCAGAAGCUUGAAGCUAGAUCAACAAUCUGGGGCCGGUAUUGCUUCCAACAAGAUGUUUUUGUUCGGGCAAGUGGACAUGCAAAUUAAGCUAGUUCCUGGUUAUUCUGCUGGCACGGUGUUAGCCUAUUACUUGACCUCAGAUCAACCGAACCGUGAUGAGAUAGAUUUUGAGUUUCUGGGUAACGUGACUGGGCAGCCAUAUAUUGUUCAAACCAAUAUAUAUGCAGAUGGGUUUGAUAACAGAGAGGAGAGGAUUUAUCUGUGGUUCGAUCCUACCAAAGACUUUCACACUUAUUCUGUGCUUUGGAAUCUGCACCAGAUUGUGUUCAUGGUGGAUAAGAUUCCUAUAAGAGUGUAUAGGAAUCACGCAGAUAAGGGAGUGCCAUAUCCAAGAUGGCAGCCGAUGAGUGUGAAAGCGACACUGUGGAAUGGAGAUAGCUGGGCAACACGAGGUGGCCAUGACAAAAUUGACUGGAAAAAAGGUCCCUUUAUAGCUUCCUUAACAAAUUACAAGUUAGAUGGAUGUGUUUGGAAGGGUAAUCCCAGGUUCUGUAGGGCAGCUAGCCCUACAAAUUGGUGGAACCAGUACAGCUUCAGCACACUGAGUUCUUCUCAGAGAAGGUGGCUCAGAUGGGUCAGGAAGUACCACAUGAUUUAUGACUAUUGCCAAGAUUAUCACAGGUUCCACAAUCAUCUUCCCACAGAAUGUUCACUUCCCAAGUACUGAUAACUUCAUUUCAGAAUAGGAGAUCAAAUUACCAGAAAUAUUUAUUGAAGCCUGUAUUCAUGAGUGUGUGUGUGUGUGUAGUCUUUGUGGUGAAGCAUUCUGGUAACCCAGAUGCAUGUCUGGGCCUGCUUAUAUUUUUCUUAUCUGUUUUGUUGAGAGGAUUGUCUUUCUUCCUGGUUGGAUUAUAGCUAGAAUAUGUUGGGAGAACAUUGUUUUUACUGCAUGGUUCACAAGCCAGAAUUCAACAUAUUAUU